AUGGACGGCGCCGCAGGUGAACUGGCCGCCUUCCAGCCGGCGCCGCGGGCCUUCAGCCUGUGGGACUACGGCGUCUUCGGCCUGAUGCUGCUGGUCUCCACGGGCAUCGGGCUCUUCUACGGCCUGUCGAGGGGCGGCCACAAGAGCGCCGAGGACUUCUUCACGGGCAGCCGGGCCAUGUCGGCGCUGCCGGUGGGCCUGUCGCUCUCGGCCAGCUUCAUGUCGGCCAUCCAGGUGCUGGGCGUCCCGGCCGAGGCCUACCGCUACGGCAUGAAGUUCCUGUGGAUGUGCCUGGGCCAGCUCCUCAACUCGCUGCUCACCGCCGGCCUCUUCCUGCCCGUCUUCUACCGCCUGGGGCUCACCAGCACCUACGAGUACCUGGAGCUGCGGUUCUCCAAGAAGGUCCGGCUGUGUGGCACAGUCCAGUACAUCAUUGCCACGGUGCUGUACACGGGGAUCGUCAUCUACGCCCCGGCCUUGAUCCUCAACCAAGUGACGGGUCUGGAUAUUUGGGCCUCGCUUCUCUCCACGGGCACCAUUUGCACCUUUUACACCACCAUCGGGGGCAUGAAAGCGGUCAUCUGGACGGACGUCUUCCAGGUCUUCGUCAUGCUGUCCGGCUUUGUGGCCAUCCUGAUCCAGGGGACGCUGCUGGUGGGGGGGCCAGGCCAGGUCCUCUCCAUCGCCUACAACCACUCCAGGAUCAAUUUCGGAGA